UUUUAAUGAGUUAAAACAGAAAUAAGUUUGUGUUAAACUGUAAAUGGAGGAAAAACAUCUACAUUUAUCAGACUUGGUGACCAGGUGUCUCAGUGAUGAUGUCAUCCAACAGCUCAUUAGCCUCCUUAACAGCAUGAUGUUCCCACUGAGAUGUCUGCAGCCACCUGAUGCUGCUGUCAAUCACUGUGACAUCAUCACACUGCUUCCAAUGCUGUUGCAACAAUAGAGACAGAUGAUAGAUCGAUAGAUAGAUAGACGAACGAACGGACUUGCAGACAAGGAAAAGAAAAAGGAAAAUAAGAAAAGCGCUGGACCAGAGACAUCAGAAGGUCAAGAGACUGACGAUAAAGGAGGAGGAGAAGAAGAAGAAGAAGAAGAAGAAGAAGAAGAAAAGGCUGAUGAUGAGCAACAGAGAAGUGAAGGAGUACCUGUCUCACCAUCACCUGCCUCAACUGCUCGAGAGUCUGUUGACAGGUGUUCUGUACCAUCGUCCUGUCGACCCUGUCAGCUUCCUGCAGAGCUGCCUGACCACAACCACACAGCUCGGGGGACCUGAGGCUGUCACAUGGGACACCUUCAUCCUCCUGGAGAGACACCAGCUGAGCUCCAGUUCCCCUAGUUCAACACCUGGACCCUGCAGAACAUCACCUGGACCCCCCAAACUAUCACUACCUCCAAUGAAACCGCAGACACCCCAAGCACCACUCCCUAAACUCUUCACAACACCCCCAUCACCACAGACAACACCUCCAGUAGCCCCUAUAACACCAUCAGCACCAUCUAAAACAACAUCUGUGCCCCCUAUAGACCCCCAAUUAACACCAGCAGUACCACAUAUAGCCCAAACUGUACACCCUAUACCUUGGAUUAUCCCUCCGACUGUCUCCAUUAAGCAUAAAACACCUGCUGAACCCAAAGUCCUUGUCCCAGCUGCACCUGGAUCUGCAGGUAUCCCAUCACCUGUCCCCUCUGAGAAGAAGGAACAUGGAUUCAACUUAGAGGCUCCUCCAUCUGGUCCUCCUCCCCCUCCGGUCCGGCCUCAGCUCUCUAUUGACUCGGACUCUGACAUGACAGAAAGUUCUGGGCUCCAGCAGGAAGUCAGCAUCCUUCCUCCUCAGAGACCACGCCCCCUUAUCAUCUUCAUCAUCGGUGGUCCAGGAAGUGGGAAGGGAAGUCAGGCGGCUCGGCUGGCUCAGUGCUUCAGCCUUAGAGUCAUCUCAUUGGAUGAGCUUCUCAGGAGGCAGCUGCUAAGCCACGCCUCCCCGAGCAGAAAGUGGAGUGUUAUUUCAGAAAUGAUGGGUCAUGGAGAGCUGGGACCACAGGAGGAGACGAUCUCGGAGCUGAGGCGACAGCUGAUUGGUCAGCAGGAGUUAAGAGGCUUUAUAGUGGACGGAUUUCCACGAGACGUACACCAAGCUCUCAGCUUCCAGGAGCAGGUUGGCUCCCCUGAUCUGGUGAUGCUUCUGCUCUGUUCCAAUGAGACGCUGCGCUGUCGUCUGCAGCAACGAGCCACACAGCUCGGUCUCCUUGGAGACAACAGCCACGCCCUCAGGAGACGCCUGGAGUUGUUUCAGAGAGACAUUGUCUCCAUCAGCAGAUACUACAGACAGCUACACCUGCAGAUACAGGUGGAUGCUGACCGAGAUGAGGAGAAGGUAUUUGCUGAUCUGAGUUCAGUCAUCAGAAAGAAACUGCUUCUAAACGGUCCUGCUGAUAUCCCAGAAUGCAACAUUGGGGUCAGAUCUAUUGAUCAAUAACACAAAACUUAUCACGAGCCAAUUAGUAAUCAGUAUGGUCUGUUCUUUUUGGAUAAUAAUGCAGUCUGUCGUUUGUUAACUUGUUUGUUAACGUGUAUAUUCCCUGUGAUUCUCAGGGAAUAAAAAGUGAACUGUUUUGUGGGGUAGGAGUCAACACAUUCCAUGCACUGUUGAGAAACCUAAUCUACAAAUUUAUUUGCUGAUUCUGGUUCAUGGAACGUCAUCAUUGUGCAAACUGUCAAACCAUGGUUUUAGUACUGUGCGAUACCAGUCAUCCAUGUGGAAACACUGGUAUCAUUGCCUUUUUUAAUUGUCUUGUUGUUGUUUGUGUAUGUGUUGUCGUUUGUGUUGGUAUGUGUAUUUAUUGGACUAUGAGUCUGGAAAUAAAAGUCAAUUGAUUGAUUGAUAGAUCAGG